AUGGCUGCCGACAAGGUCGCAGUCGCCUCUGGCGCUGAUCUUGGCGAGGGCCUUCGACAGCGUCCCGUCGCCGCUCAAGCUCCAUCCGCACCCCGCGUCGUCGAACCUGAAGAUGUCAAGAAGUCGCAACCGAAGCAGAAGAGCUUCAUCGAUACCUUUGUGGAGUGGGAGAUCAUCUUUGCCCCCAUCCUGUUCACCUUGGCCGCAAUUGGCACUCGACUGUGGAAAAUUGGUCUCAGCAACAUUGUCACCUGGGAUGAAGCUCACUUUGGUAAAUUCGGUAGCUACUACAUCAAGCACGAGUACUACUUCGACGUCCACCCUCCCCUUGGUAAGAUGCUUGUCGGACUCUCGGGAGUUCUCGCUGGAUACAAUGGGUCGUUCGAGUUCAAGUCUGGAGACACAUACCCCGAAGAAAUCAACUACACCUUCAUGCGAGCCUUCAAUGCCUUGUUCGGUAUUGUCUGUAUCCCCUUGGCCUACUUUACCGCCCGCGAGCUUCACCUCCGUCGCCCAGCAGUUUGGCUUGUCACUCUCAUGGUACUUUGCGAAAACUCGUACACAACCAUCAGCCGCUUCAUUCUCCUCGACUCGAUGCUUCUCUGCGGAACUGUGGCUACUGUCUUCUGCUGGGCUAAGUUCCACAAUCAGCGACACAACAGCUUCGAGCCCGAGUGGUUCCUGUGGCUUUUCCUGACCGGCUUUAGCAUCGGAUGUGUGUGCAGUGUCAAGCUUGUUGGUUUGUUCGUCACCGCCAUGGUUGGUGUGUACACAAUUGAGGACCUCUGGCGAAAGUUUGGUGACAGGAAGAUCCCUGCAACCGAGCUCGUUGUCCAUCUCUGUGCCCGUGUCGUAGGCCUUAUUCUGAUCCCAUUCCUCAUCUACCUCCUCUCGUUCGCUCUGCACUUCGCUAUUCUCGACCGGACCGGCCCUGGUGAUGCUCAGAUGAGCUCGCUCUUCCAGGCCAACCUCAAGGGAACUGAGGUUGGCAAGAAUAGCCCUCUUGAGAUCGCUUACGGGUCCCGCGCUACAAUCAAGAACAUGGGCUAUGGCGGCGGUCUCCUCCAUUCUCACGUCCAGACUUACCCCGAAGGCUCCCAGCAGCAGCAGGUUACCUGCUACCACCACAAGGACUCCAACAAUGAUUGGUUCUUUUACCCUAACCGCCACGAGCCUGACUAUGACGCCGAGUCCGACGAGCUCCGAUAUCUGAGCGACGGCUCUGUUAUCCGCCUGAUUCAUGCUCAGACUGGCCGCAACCUCCACUCCCACUCUAUCGCUGCCCCCAUGAGGAAGAAGGACAACGAGGUGUCUUCCUACGGUAACCUGACUGUUGGUGACGACAAGGAUCACUGGAAGAUUGAAGUCAUUCGCGAUGCUGCUUCCCGAGACCGUAGCCGAAUUCGCACUCUCACAACGUCCUUCCGUCUCAAGCACACAUCGCUUGGUUGCUAUCUGCGAGCCGGCAACACCAACCUACCCCAGUGGGGUUUCAAGCAGAUCGAGGUCACUUGCACCAAGGACAACAACCCCCGGGAUGCCUACACACACUGGAACGUGGAGGCCCACUGGAACGAGAAGUUGCCCCCCAGCGACCCAGGCGUCUACAAGUCCCCCUUCAUUCACGACUUCAUCCACCUCAAUGUGGCCAUGAUGACAUCUAACAACGCUCUUGUUCCUGACCCCGACAAGCAAGAUGACCUGGCCUCUCAAUGGUGGCAGUGGCCCAUUCUCCAUGUUGGUCUCAGAAUGUGCAGCUGGGAUGACAAGAUCGUCAAGUACUUCCUCCUUGGCAACCCCAUUGUCUACUGGGGCUCAACUGCAGCACUCGGCCUGGUCGCCCUCGUCGUCGCAUGGUAUCUGGUGCGAUGGCAGCGCGGUUACAAGGAUCUGAACAACACCGAAAUUGACCAGAUUCAUUACUCUGCCAUCUACCCCGUCAUUGGAUGGUUCCUACACUACCUGCCAUUCGUCAUUAUGGCCCGUGUUACCUACGUGCACCACUAUUACCCUGCUCUUUACUUUGCCAUCCUUUCCUUCGGCUUCUUGGUGGACUGGCUGGUAAGGAACCGCAACAGUGCACUUCAAAUCGCCGUUUACGGUGUUCUAUACUCGGUCAUUAUUGGCCUGUACAUUCUUUUCAUUCCUAUCUGCUUCGGCAUGACGGGUCCCAACAGGGACUACAGCUACCUGAAGUGGUUUGACACAUGGAGAAUGAGUGACUAA